UCGAAUUUAAAACAUAUUUUUUAAUUUACUCGAGAAAUUCAUUGACUUAUUUGAAAAUACUCCGAAAAUUCUGACGGAUUUUCAUUAAAUUAAAAAAAAAAUUGUUUGUAAUAAAAAUUAUUUUUUAUUGGUGACAAAUUAAAAGUGAAGAAUUGUCAUAAAUAUGACAGUCAAAGGGAGCAAGUGAUUAAAAGAUGUAAUUUGAUAUAAACAUCUGUCAAAAUCAUACGGUCUGCCACGAGCUAAAUUAUGACGAAGACUCGAGCGCAAAAUACAGACGCAAUGAAUGACGGGAUAUGGCGACGUACAAGUUUACUUGUUUUCAUUGUACUGGAUAACAAUAAAUACUUACGGGUAUAAAUACCCAUAAUAUUUAUAUUUUUUUAAAACCAACAGUAAUUUAAAAAUAACUUUUACUAUUUUAUAGUAAAAAAAGUUUUAUUAAAUAAAACAUCAAAAUGAAUUAUAAUCACUCGGGAUCACGAAGAGGGAAACCUAAAAGGAUAUUGGAUCCUUCAGCAGGAUUAUCUGGUCCACCAUCUCAACAAACUCCGUACAUGUAUCCGCAGGUGCCUAUGAACAAUGGAGUACAGCAAGAUUACGGUUUCAAUGUACCAGAGCAGCCUCCACCAGCGUACGGAUUCGCCCAGCCACAGAUGGUACCUCCGAUGCAACCGCCAAUGAACUCUGGUUCACCGAUGCCACCCUACAUGCCAGAACCACCUCAGGAAACUUUUUCGAGUCCUCCGUACGCAGCCCAAAUCCUCGCGGAGCCAAUGGUUGCUAAUAUGGCGAUGAAAUACGGCGAUGCUCUUGUAGGAUCUGGAAAACAACAGUUACAAAAAUAUGUGCCUGUCACUGCACUGAAGUACUACUUCGCUGUUGAUACAGACUACGUUUUUAUUAAAUUAGCGCUUCUUUUUUUCCCAUUUACGCAUAAGGAUUGGUCAGUAAAGUAUGAGCAAGAUGUUCCUCUGCAGCCGCGCUAUGAAAAGAAUGCACCGGACUUGUAUAUUCCAACGAUGGCAUUCUUGACUUACGUCGUGAUCGCAGGGUUGUCACUGGGUACCCAAGAACGUUUUACACCCGAGCAAUUGGGAAUAAUCGCAAGCUCAGCACUUGCUUGGGGAAUUAUUGAAUUACUUGUUCACACAAUAUCACUCUACGUGAUGAAUUUGGACACCAGCUUAAAGACUUUUGAUAUGCUAGCGUACGGAGGCUACAAAUACGUGGGAAUUAAUUUUGCGAUACUUCUUUCAUUGAUGUUCGGGCGAGCUGGAUACUUUGCUAUUUUAAUUUACUACAGUAUAUCACUUGCUUUUUUUCUCAUAAGAUCGUUAAAAUUACGCGUUAUUCCUGAAGGUCACUCUUCUUACUCUGCUACAGGUAACAAGAGAAGAUUGUAUUUUAUUUUAUUCUUCGCCAUGCUCCAGCCUUUUCUCAUGUGGUGGCUCUCUUACCAUCUCAUUUCAUAAAUUAAAUUUAUUAUUUUACUUUUUUUUAAUUGUGAUCGUGUCAGUGAAACAAUGAGCAAGAAAAUGCAGACAACUUAAUGCAAAUCUGUAAAGCAAUUUAAUUGAUUGAUAACUUUUGUAUAAAAAUAAAUACAUCAAGUAUAUUAUCUAUGCCUAUGCUAUUUUCUAUUAAAUUUAAUUUGCUCAUUAAUAUUUAUAAUUUAAUUAUAUUAGUUGAUGGACACCACAAAAGAUCAAUUAUUAAUUAAAUUUUACGUACUUGCUGCUUUGGCGGUAAAUUUAAAAUUAUUUUUUUGUUGUUUUGAGUCGCUCGGGAAAAUAAUGAAAUUUAGAGUAAGCUUAAUAAAUAUUUUUGACACUUAUUUAUAAUUAUAU